AUGCCCGCGCUGGCCCAUGAUGGUGCCGGGCCUCUCGUCAGCGCCCAGUGGGUGAUCGACCAUGCCGGCAAUGACGAUAUCGUCAUCGUCGACAUUCGCGCCAAUGUCGAAAACACCGACCUUGGCGACAGCCCCUAUAUCGAAGGUGCGGUGUCUGCGCCCUACAACACUGCCGGCUGGCGCACCGAGAUCGACGGUGUGCCGGGCAAGAUUCCUGCCAUCGAGGACGUAACCGGCCUGAUCGAGAGCCUGGGGAUCGACAAUGACGACCAUGUCGUCAUCGUGCCGUGGGGCACCGAUUCGACCGAGUUCGGCUCGGCCACCCGCGUCUACUGGACGUUCCGCUAUCUGGGCCAUGACGAUGUUUCGAUCCUCGAUGGCGGCUGGCGCCAAUAUGAUGCCGUCGGCGGCGCGCGCGUCGCCGAACCGGUCACAGCCGAGGUUUCCGAAUUCGAGGUCACGCUGAACGAGGCGGUCCUUGCCACAACCGAUGACGUUCUGGCCGCGCUCGACGACGGCACCAAGCUCGUCGACGGCCGCCCGGUCGAGCAGUUCCGCGGCGAGACGAAAAGCCCGGUCGCGGCCGCGCCCGGCACCAUUCCCGGUUCGGUGAACCUGCCGCAUUCGGAGUUCUAUUCCGCCGAGUUCGCGCUGUUCGCGCAACCCGAAACGGUUCAGGCCCUGGUCGAGGCGGUCGGCGUUAGAGCGGACGAAGCCAACAUCACAUUCUGCAACACCGGUCACUGGGCUUCGGUCGCAUGGUUCGGGCUGAGCGAAGUGCUCGGCAACGAACAGUUGCGCCACAUGUUGCAGAACGUUGCAACGUCGUCGACGCCGAACGCGUCGAACCCUUAUCUGCCCGACGCCGUCAUCGACCGCAGCCCCGCGGCGGUGGCCGCCGCGUUCCUGACGGCGGGAUUUGCCGCGAUCUGGCUGCUGGUCGAUCUGCGGCAGGCGACGCUGUUCCUGAUCGGCGGCGGGCUUGGCGCGGCGCUCUAUCACGGGUCCUUUGGCUUCACCGGCGCCUGGCGGCGCAUGGUGGUCGAGCGGCGUGGGCGGGGCAUGCGCGCGCAGAUGCUGAUGAUCGGGCUGGCCGGGCUGGCGAUGAUGCCGCUUUUGGCGGCCGGCAGCGUCGGCAACCAGCCGCUGGUCGGCGCCAUCGCGCCGGUGGGCGUCUCCGUGCUGGUCGGCGCGGCGAUGUUCGGCUUGGGCAUGCAGCUUGGCGGAGGCUGCGGCUCGGGCACGCUGUUCACGGUCGGCGGCGGCUCUGCGCGCAUGUUGGUGACCCUGAUCUUCUUCAUCGCCGGCGCCGUUGUCGGAACGGCGCAUCUGCCAUGGUGGCUCGGCCAGCCGUCGCUGCCGCCGGUGAGCCUGGGCCAGACGCUUGGCGUGCCCGCGGCCAUCGCGGUGUCACUGGCCGGUCUCGGCGCCGUGGCUCUCAUCACCGCGAUGAUCGAACGUCGCGCCCAUGGCGAUCUGGAGCGCGAUCCGGGCCCGCGCCGCCCGGGUUGGAACUGGCUGCUGUCGGGGCCCUGGCCGCUGGUCGGUGCAGGUCUGAUGCUGGCCCUUCUCAACAUCGCCACCCUGAUCGUUGCCGGCCACCCCUGGUCGAUCACCUAUGGCUUCGGCCUCUGGGGCGCCAAGAUCGCGUCGGCGGCGGGGGUGCCGGUCGAAAACUGGGAAUUCUGGACAUGGCCGGCGCAGGCCGAGGCGCUGUCCAGUUCCGUGCUUGCCGACUCGGUUUCGGUGAUGAAUUUCGGACUGAUUCUCGGGGCGGCGCUGACCGCAUCGCUUGCCGGCAAAUUCGCCCCCAGGGCCGCUGUUCCGCUGGCGUCAUUCGCCGCAGCGGCGCUCGGCGGCCUUUUGAUGGGCUAUGGCGCGCGGCUGAGCUUUGGCUGCAACAUCGGCGCUCUUUUCUCCGGCAUCGCAUCGGGCAGCCUGCAUGGCUGGCUGUGGUUCGCCGCCGCCUUUGCCGGCUCGGCGGCCGGCGUGCGCGGCGGCAUGAGCCGGUCGCGCAACACCGCCCUGUUCGCCGCCGCGCUGGCGGUGACGACGGCGGCGGUUGCCUAUGACCAUGCCGAAAAUGGCGUGCCGACGCCGGCGCCUGCCGCUGCUUCCGCACCGGCCGCCGGUGGCGUGGCGCCAUGCGCGGCCGGCGCCGCGCCCUGUGCGGCGGCCGCCCCUUGCGCCGCCGCAGCGCCGCUCGCGGCCCCGCCGCCUCCGCCCGCGCCCUUGCCCGCCGCCCGGACCGAACGGGCCGCGCCACCGCCACCCCCGCCGGCACGCCUGCCCGAAGGGACCACCGAAGCGCCGGAUCUCCAUGUGCUGGCCAAGGGCGGCGCAACCGUACUGACCGAAACACUGGCCGGCAUCGAACGACCAACGAGCUGGGAAAAAUACCCGGCCGGCGAGGUGUUCGACCCGCAAACCGGGGCGCAAUGGUUCUAUCACAGCCACGAUCCAUCGACAGGCGGGGGUGAGCACGGCCAUUUCCACUGCUUCGUCCGGCCCGAUGGCCCGGACGGGCCGAUUCACCAUUUGUGCGCGGUCGGGGUCGAUCCGCAUGGCCGGCUGCUGCGCCUGUUCACGGUCAACCAUUGGGUGGUCGAUGACGACUGGCUCGACGCCGGGCCGACGAUCGCGCUGUUGCCGCGCUUCGAUGUGCACAUGCCGCAACCGAACUACCUGGUAAACCGGUGGCUGACGGCGGUUUUGGCAGCGCACGAAAACGAAAUCGCCGAGUUGAUCCGAACGCGCGACAGGGUCAUUGCCGCUCAUCGCCGCGACAAUGGCGGUGAUGCGCACGCCGACCGCGCCCUCGAGGUCACGGCGGAACAUCGCACGGCGCCGUAG